CGGAGACCGUGCAGGAUGAACGCCAAAGUUACUGAAGGUGGGCACACCCCGACGGACCGACGGCCACGGCCCGGAAAAGGCCCAAGCAAGAGUAAAGGUUGGAGACGAUGCCCGGACCCCCAUGCCCCUGACUCUGCCGCCCCCGAUCUCAUGUCCCUGAGACGCGUCCCUCCCCGCUAGAAUUUUCGGGCGGGCGGGGAGGGGGUGGGAGGGAAGGGCUAAGCUGGAGCAGCGGCCUGGGGGCCGUGCUCUCACGCGUGCCCGUGCCCCAGGCCCCAGCCCAUGGCUCCCAAGAAGAAGCUCGGGACCAGCGCGGGGCGCCGGCCGGGCGCGGCGGGAGACGGGGCCGAGCCGCCGCUGUCGGAGCGCGCGCAGUACCUGCAGCGCGAGUUCACGCUGCUCGCGGAGCAGCUGGACGCCUGCGAGGCGCGCGUGGACCAGCUGCUGCAGGAGAACGCCUUCCUGGACCGCGAGGCGCUGCGCUUGCGCGAGGAGAACCGGCUCUACGCCAGCUACAUGAGCGCGCGCGCGCAGCGCUGCGCCCACGCCGCCGUCCGGCUGGAAGAGCAGAACCGCGUGGACCUGACCCAGAUCCACGGGCAGCGGGCCGAGCUGGAGGCGCUCUACCGCGGGCGCGAGGACGGAGUGCGCGCGCAGCUGCUGGAGAUGGAGGCGCGCGCGGCGCGGAUGGCGCGGCAGGUGCAGGAGCUGCAGCCCUACAAGGAGCUGCAGCUGGAGCAGUUGGCCCGGAUCCGGGCGCUGGAGCGCGAGCUGCUGCACAUGCGCGUGGAUCACACGCAGCUGCUCCACCGUGUGAAAAGGCGCUUCCUGGAGGACAAGGCGGCCUUCGAGCGCGAGGCGCGUCAGCGCGUGCAGUCCUUGGGCCGGCGCGCGGAGCGAGAGGCGGCGCGCGCGCUCGUCGCGCACACGCAGGCCAUCAAGGCUGACAACGCGCGCCUGCGGCAGGAGCUGCUGCGGCUGCUUCGCUGGGCCCAGCUGCUGCAUGACACGCGGCGCCAGCUGCUGGAGCAGCGUGAACAGCUGCGGCGCGAGCACGAGGACACUUGGGACCUGGCGCGUGUGCAUGGCUGGCUGCGCCGGGGCCCAGGGGGCCCGCCGCUCUGGCGGCCGCCGCCGCCGCCGCCGCCGCCGCCGCCGCCACCGCCACCGCCACCAGCGCGGCCCGCCUCGCAUCAGGGGUCCUUGGCCGCCUCCACAGCCCCAUCGCGCGGGGCCUCCCAGACCCCGACAUGGCUCCCGCGGGUGGGCUCCAGGGCCCCAUCACAGGCCCCUUCGAAGGAGGGUUCAGGAGCUUCAUUCCAGGCCCCGUUGCGCGCGGGCUCCCACUUCCUGUCCUCGACCCCGUCCCACCCCGGCUCUCGGGUCGCGUCCUCGACCCCAUCCCGCCCGGGCUCCCGGGUCCCAUCCUCGGUCCCGUCGCGCCCAGGCUCCCGGGUCUCUUCGCGGGCCUCGUUAUACGGGGCCUCAGAGAAUACCGCCCCCUCUGCCAAGUCUGUCCCGGGGCCAGGCUCUUCCCGUCCCCCAGACGCGGGAGACCGUGGACACUGACGCUGCAGGGGAAGCCGCCCCAAGGGGAGCCGGAAUGUGCUGGGGGCCGUGGAGGGCGCGCGGUGCUCAGGUGUGUGGUGAAUGCAAUGUUAAUAAAGGUGUGACCCGCUCACCGGGCUCUGGCACG